CUCCUAAGCUGAUCCCCCUCAAGCCUUGGCGGCAGCGGCAGCUCGCGCGCACCGCUUGGGUCUCUUCGCUCCUGUGAGGCGCCGGGCUCGGCCAUGAACCGGUGCGCUGAGGCGGCGGCGGUGGCGGCCUCGGGACCCGGCGCGGGCGUCGGGAACGCGGGGCAGCGGCCGCCCAGAGUGCCCCGCCAGACGUCCUUCUUCCCGCCGCCCGUGCGCAACCCCUUCGUGCAGCAGACACGGCUGGGCGCGGCGAGGCGCAUCCAGAUUUUCUUUCUUGGAAUUAUCCUGCUUCCAAUUCGUGCCCUGUUGCUUGCAUUAAUUUUAUUACUGGCGUGGGCAUUUGCUGCAAUUUCAACAACAUGCUGUCCUGAAAAGCUGACCCACCCAAUAACUGGUUGGAAGAGGACAAUUACUCAGCCAGUCUUGAAGUUUCUAGGCCAUGCCAUGUUCUUUUCAAUGGGAUUUAUAGUUACCGUGAAAGGAAAGAUCGCAAGUCCUGUGGAAGCACCAAUUUUUGUUGUUGCCCCUCAUUCAACAUUCUUUGAUGGAAUUGCCUGUGUUGUGGCUGGGUUACCUUCUAUAGUAUCUCGACAUGAGAAUGUGCAGGUGCCUCUGAUUGGCAGAAUAUUGCGGGCUCUGCAACCAGUGUUGGUGUCCCGUGUAGAUCCAGAUUCUCGAAAAAACACAAUAAAUGAAAUAAUAAGGCGGGCCACAUCAGGAGGCGAAUGGCCCCAGAUACUAGUUUUCCCAGAAGGUACUUGUACUAAUCGUUCCUGUUUGAUUACUUUUAAACCAGGGGCCUUCAUUCCAGGAGUUCCAGUACAGCCAGUUCUCCUCAGAUACCCAAACAAGCUGGAUACUGUGACAUGGACAUGGCAAGGAUAUAAAUUCAUUCAACUUUGUGUGCUCACUUGCUGCCAGCCCUUCACAAAGGUGGAAGUUGAGUUUAUGCCUGUUCAAAUACCAAAUGAUGAAGAAAAAAGUGAUCCUGUCCUUUUUGCCAGUACAGUCCGGAAUUUAAUGGCAGAAGCUCUGAGAAUUCCAGUAACAGAUCACACCUAUGAAGACUGCAGAUUGAUGAUUUCAGCAGGACAGCUAACACUGCCUAUGGAAGCUGGGUUGGUGGAAUUUACCAAAAUCAGCCGGAAAUUGAAAUUAGAUUGGGAUGGAAUUCGUAAGCAUUUGGAUGAAUAUGCCGCUAUUGCAAGUUCCUCUAAAGGAGGAAGAAUCGGAAUUGAAGAAUUUGCGGAGUAUUUGAAGCUGCCUGUUUCAGAUGUCUUGAGACAACUUUUUGCGCUCUUUGACAGGAACCAUGAUGGCAGUAUCGACUUCCGAGAGUAUGUAAUUGGCCUGGCUGUCCUGUGCAACCCUGCCAACACAGAGGAGAUCAUCCAGGUGGCAUUUAAGCUCUUUGAUGUUGACGAGGAUGGCUUCAUAACAGAGGAAGAGUUCGCCACCAUUAUGCAGGCUUCCCUUGGAGUGCCUGACCUUGAUGUUUCUGGUCUCUUCAAGGAAAUAGCCCAGGGGGAUUCUUUUUCAUAUGAGGAAUUUAAAAGUUUUGCCCUAAAGCAUCCAGAAUAUGCUAAGAUAUUUACAACCUACUUAGACCUCCAGACGUGCCAUGUGUUUUCAUUACCAGAAGAAGUCCAAGCAACUCCCUCAGUCGUAAGUAAUAAAGUCAGCCCUGAAAGUCAUGAAGAGAGUACCUCAGACAAAAAGGACGACUGAAAGCAAACAUUCCUAAUAAGGAAAAUGCGGUGGCUUUUACUUGAAAUUUCAAAGGCAUUUACUCAUAGUAUUUUAUUUGUGAUUGAGUAAUGAUGUUUAAAAUAGAAAGCUUUUUUAUAAAAAAAGAUAGAUUUUCUUAUUGAAAUGCUUCUAUUCACAUGUGUUUAUCAAGUAAUAUUCAUUUUCUUUUACAUUAUAUUUUGCUAUACUGAUGGGCUUAUUGGCAAUAAAGAUGUUUUUAUGGAUUUUCCAGGUUAAUUUGCAUAUCCAAAUGAAUGAAAUGGUCUCCCUUAUUUACUGAUGAGCAUUAAUCAACGCUGCAAAAAGUUUUAAAAGUAUAAAUAAUUUUUCAUUUACUUUCCUCUAAAGAAAUAAGGUUAGCUUUAAUCCCUUCCCAUUCUAGAAAUAAGAAUGAAGAGUCUGAGGAACGUUGCAGAAUUUUAUACCUUUAACUUCACAGAUUCAUUUUUUCCAUUUGCAUUUCAGUUUCUUGGAUCACUAAACAUGGGGGGAUUGGAAGGGAGAGCUCCGCUAAUUAGAUGAGACUUCUUAAAAACUCAUAUUCUCUUGACCAUGCAUCCCUAUUGUAGAUUUCCUUAACCACCUGCUAAGGAGAUCAUAACCUUUUGCAUGAUCUACAGAUUUAGAACUUUGUUUUAAAGACAACAGCUAUGGCCAAAGGCUAUGUGGGAAUUGCCUUAUCGAAGGUAACAUUAAUUGCCUAACGAGAAAAAUUGUUUGCCACAGAGUUUAGUUUAAUUUGAGUUGGGUAAUUUAGAAUGUAGCCCUUGCCCAGUAAAUGAAUCAGAUUUACUUUAUUUAUAUAUUAUUAGAAUUAAUAUAUUUUAUUAUCUAAGUGGGAGUUUUAUUUUAUUGUGUCCUCUCAAAUUUUAGAGCUUGCCUGAAAUAUCUACAGGGAAAAUACGAAAGGUUCCAAAUUAUCACCAAAAGCUAAGGAAUCCAAAAACCUACUUUAUUAAUGCAAGACCACAAUUUAACCCCCAGGCAGGAAUUUAACGGUGAUAUUUUUUUCCUUUAGGUUAAGCAAUAAUUUCCCUCAAGUGCUAUUUUAUUAUAGUCACACAUGCUUACUAAAAAGUUUCAUCCUUAAGUAUGAAGGAUGAAACAGUAUGAUUGUUUGCUUUUUACAUAUCUUAAGCUAUUUAGACAGAGCAUUGAAUAAGCUGAAAACAAUUUCUUAAGUAAUUAGGAAAGUACAUCUUUAUAAUAUUGGUUGUCAUAUGCAAUUGAAUGUAUGUAUUACUCAGGUACCAUGAUUUUUAUCACAGAAAACCCACAUAUUAAUCCCAUUAAUCAUGAAAAGGUAGCAUUUUAAAUUACAAGCUUUAUGUGAGGCUCUUGAAAGUGAUCCCAUUGUUUUCCUGUUUUAAAGUAAUAUUUUAUGUUCUUUAAUUCCACUUCUGCCAAUGUAAUAUUCCUAUUUUAUUAUGUUACUGAACAAACUUGCUACAUAAAAUUCUUGGCAAUUAAAAA